AUGCCGCUUCACAAAACUGCCGUCCUUUUCAGCUCUUGUCAUGCUUUCCCCGCCGUCUCAAGUCUCCCACCUCUACGAUCUAUAACGUCAUCUAGAGGGGUACGAACUAGCUAUGCUCCAGCAGCGACUUGCUCGACAGAACGACAUAGGCGAUAUGCCACAGUAAAUAGCGACCAGAGAGGCAGCUUCAGCCAUAAUGAGGUCCCCCAAUGGCCCAAGCAUAGUUAUCCUUCUCCCUACGAGAUCUUCUCCAUGAAGAGUGACGCCCCAUAUACAAAGCAUCGAUUUUACCAGCUUGUCAAAGUCUACCAUCCCGACAGACACAGCCAUACUUCCGAUAUUGAUAACAUCCCCCAUGCCAUUCGAUUAGAACGCUAUCGCCUCAUCGUUGCUGCCAAUGACCUCCUCAGCGACCCCUCGAAGCGCCAACUCUAUGAUGUCCACGGUCUAGGCUGGACCGGUGGUAAGCCCCAGACACUCAAUGAAACUGUCCGCAGCGCCGACCGUGCCUGGCGCCACAAGGCUGGAUCUGCUGCGAAUAAUGCUACGUGGGAAGACUGGGAGCGUUGGUACGAUGCUCGCGACGGCAGGGUUAGGGACACUGGGCACAUGUCCAAUGGUUUGUUCGCCACAAUCGUUGUUGUCAUGUGCAUGAUAGGUGCCUUCGCUCAGAUGAGCAGAGCAGAGCAGUAUGGCGCCGACCUUAUGGAAAUGAAGGCACAGUCGAAUCUUGCCAUUGGACAGCAGGUUGCACGUCGAAACACGAUUGCUGCCGGCAGGUCAAAGGACGAGAGAGUCGAUAUGUUCUUGAAGGACAGAGAGAACCUGAAUUAUGCCUUUCAACCUGGGAAGUACGACAACGAAGUGUUGGCAAGCCAUGCUCAUGGCCAUGGGCAUAACGGAAGGUCAGAAUAG